AUGGUUUACCAUUUUCGUUUUCUUCAUGUUUUUCCCAAUUUCUUUUUUUCUCUCUCUUUUCUUUCUCAUUUCAUAAAUCUGCCUGUUUGUCACUUUUUCUGCUCCUUCGUAUCACUGUGCACAUCAAUCAAUAUGUUUGUCUACUUGUAUCUUAACCUCUGUUCUCUGAACAUCUCUUUUUCACACUUUCAUUCAAGUCUUUCUGUAUUUUUGGAUGUAGUCUUCUCCCUCCCAAUCAUUCCUUUGCCAUUACCGUAUUUUUCUAUUUUAACACCUUCACACUCUUUCCUGUUUCCAGAUUUUUGUAUUCAUACCUGUCCAUCUCACACUUUCCCUUAUCACUUUCUUCAUUUUUGUAUUUAUAUCUCUCCUUUCCACUCUUUCCUUUAUCCAUAUUUUUGUAUUUAUACCUUUCUUUUCAAUCUUUUCUUUGUAUUUUGUAUUUAUACCACUCCUUCCCACUCUUUUAUUUUCUCUUUCUACAUUUUUGUAUUUAGACCUCUCCUUCCCUUUCUUUUGUUAAUUGCUUUCCUAGAUUUUUGUAUUUAUACACCUCAUACCUUUUCUCUUGCUUAUCUCUUUCAAAAUUUUUUUUUAUUUAGACCACUGCUACCUACACUUUCCUUUAUCUAUAUCUACAUUUUUUAUUUAGAUCUUUCCUUCUUCCCACUCUAUCCUAUGUCUCUUUCUACUUUUUUGUAUUUAGACCUCUCCUUCCCACUUUUUCCUUUAACUCUUUCUUCAUUUUUUCCUCUCCAUCUCAUUCUUUUGUUUUUCUCUUUCUACAUUUUUGUUAUUUAUACCUCACCUUCUUGCUUUUUCUUUAUUUUUUUGUACAUUUUUGCAUUUAGAUCUUUCCUUCCCAUUAUUUCCUAUGUCUCUUUCUACUUUUAUGUAUUUAGACAUCUCCUUCUCACUCUUUCCUUUUCUCUUUCUACAUUUUUAAACCUCUCCUUCUCACUCUUUCUUAUGUCAGUUUCUACAUAUUUAGACCUCUCCUUCCAACUCUUUCCUUUUCUCUUUCUACAUUUUUUAGAUCUCUCCUUGCAAGUCUUUCCUUUUUCUCUUUCUACAUUUUUGUAUUUAGACUGCAAAUUCUCAUUCUUUCCUUUCUUUCUUCACAUUUUUUAUUUAGCCCAUGCCUUCCCUCUCUUUCAUUUGUUUCUUUCUAUAUUUUUAUAUUUUCACUUCUCCUCCACUUCUUUCCUUUGUCUCUUUCUAUAUCUUUUUUAUUUAGAUCUCGGCUACCCACUCUUUUGUUUGUCCCUUUUUUAUAUUUUUGUAUUAUGUAUCUACUUCCUACAUUUUUCUUUUUUUCUUUCUUCAUCUUUGUAUUUUAUCCUCUCCUUUCCACUCUUUCUUUUGUCUCUUUCUAUAUUUCUGACAUAUUCUUCAAUGUUAUUCAUUUUCUUUUUAUUUGCUUCUAUGUUUCUCUUUACAUUUUUUCCCUCAAUUCUAAAAAUUAUACACUUUCCCUCUCAUUUCCAACAUUCCUGCAAUAAAAUCCAAAAGAAUAAGGCUGUCUUUCAUUUUUUUCUUCUUCAUGUUCCUGCUUUUUUUCUGCUUUACUUUACACUAAUUUUUUUCUCACUACUUUGGUUCUUACUUAACAUAUUUUCAUCCUUCUCUCUUUCUCAACUUUUCUUUCUAUUUUAA